AUGCUUAAAGAUGGAGAGAGCUUUAUUUUCAGGGGGAAACUGAUGGAAAGGCUCAAGAAAAAAGAAAAGAUGUCUCUGGAUAUCUGGAUUCGUGACGCGGCGAAACACCAGGACCUAUCGUACCAAACCUGGCUAAGCGAAAAUGGUAUUACAAAUCGAGAUAGGCCUCCCACUUUCUUUCCAGAUGCUGAUUGGGCCAAUCCUCCUGUGAAAACAAAAGCGACUAAAUCUCAAUCCGUGCGAACGAAGUCCAAUCCUAAGGACUCAGUUUCGGACAGCCCGGGAAAUGGAUUGGCAAGAGAAGAGAAUCACUCUGACAAGAAAAGACAAAGGGCGGAUUCUGGAGCAAAUUUGGGAAACAUCAAGAAGCCUCGCCCCGUUCCAGCGUCAACCGAGGAGCCAACCAAGACCAUAGAUUACAGGUCGUAUCUCUCUUACACCAUGAACCAUUUCAAGCUCACCGACAAAAUGCGCGACGACGAUCCUGAGGAAUACAAUGCAAUUAUGGAUAAGAUUGAGAAAGACUGGAAUAAUUACCGACAGAUCAUGAUAAAACAAGGCUACACAAUUGCCCCCGGAGGAGAGAAACCUGACGCUUAG